AUGCGGUCUCUCCUCGGCUUCCUCGCUACGUUUGCCACCCUCACUACCGAAACUACCGCCUUGGAAGCUUCAGUGAUUUCUUUCGGGUUAAACCCCCAAGGGCAAGGUUUGAAGUCUUCAGUCACGUCGAGUGCCACUCUUCAGCGUUUAUUGGAGCUGCGAUCCAAAUCAUUCACCGCGUCAGAGCUAGAGGGAUCAGAUGAAAGUCGCAUCGAUUUCUUGGGUAGAUUUGCGGGACCUCCAGGCCAGCUUUUCGGUGCGCUAGCUGGCGAUGGAGACCUAGAUACAAUAACUGUCAUAUUGGAAGGGCUAGAUAACGAAGCUGAAUCUUCAAUCCGAAAUGAAUAUGAAAGUGAAUUGGUGAUUUCUAGAUUCGCUACAGAUUCAGCAGGAGAUGAUUUCAUCGACUUCCUUUUAGAGAAUCGCCCUGAUGGCAUAGUCAGCCCAGAAAGCAAGCACUGCUCGUUCUACAACCACUCCAACCACAGGAAUGCCUAUGAUUUCCUACAAUUUUGUCUUCCGCGAAACUUCGGUUCACAAAAGUUCAGUCGCGGCUUUCAUAGCCAGCUUCUUAGCCAGGCUAACAUGGGCGAAUUGUGGCUCAAUGCUCGCAAGGGAACCAUGGUCGUACACAUUUCAUUCGAGGCUUCUUCGACCUAUAUACACAGCCUGAAAUCCCUUUUCUCUGAGCUACAUUCGCAUUCGUUGAAUGGCAAGACAGCAACGGCAGUAGUCCUGCCUUACUCUAAGGUAAGGCCCAGGUCUUCGUAUUCAAAGCGGUCGCCGCACAUUACGAAGGUCGGUGCCUCUGCCACUUUAAGCAGGGAUGCCCAGCCCAUAGUCUUUGAACAACGAGCAGAUGUUCCGCUGUCCCUUGCGCCCGUCUGCUAUGCAUCGAACUCGUCUUGCAAUGAAGCAACAAACACCUGUUCGGGGCAUGGUGCAUGCUAUGAGAAAUCCGGCGACUGCUACGCCUGUCGCUGCCACGAGACUUACGUUAAGACAGAAGGUGGGGUGGGACAAAAGGUCCGAUGGGGCGGCGCUGCUUGUCAGAAAAGGGACCUCAGUUCCCCUUUCUUUUUGAUUGCUGGCGUCACUAUAGCUAUCAUGGUGGUGGUCGGUGCUGCCGCUGGAAUGAUAUUUCGCGUUGGGAACACUGAAUUACCAGGCGUUAUUGGUGCUGGUGUUGGGCCCAGCAGAACACAGAAGUGA